AUGUCAGUUGACAUUUCAUGUAAUAUAUGUGGUAUUUAUAUUGAAAAUAAUUUUAAUGGGAAUAGUGGUUAUAUUACAGAUUGUGAUACUAGUUUGUAUCAAAUCAUAGAAUUAAAAAUUUAUGAAUUAAUAUCUUCAUAUAAAAGUUUAUAUUAUAAAUUCAAAACAUUAAUUGAUAUAUUAGUGAAUUAUUAUUUUACAAGACAAGAAGAACUUUUAAGUGAUAAAUCAUUUGAAGAACUUAAAUUAAUGACAAUUCAUAGGAAAGUGCUUAAUCAAUUUGCAAUUAAAUACAAACAUUUAUAUUUAACAAAUACAGAAACUAUUCUUGGAAUUACAUUAACUUAA